AGAUGCCUCCAUAUUAUACACACUGGAACUUUAAAGGAAAAGUUCAACAUUUAGGGAAAUGCACUUAUUCACUUUCGUGGGUUAUGUAAUCGGGAUUCUCCGUUGGUAGCCUGGUAACUGGUCCCAGUUAAGAAAUGGUCAUCUAGUGUUAGCUUAAGGCAGGAAGGCAAAAAUGACGAGCUUUUCUUUGUUUAACGUGAAAGUAACAGCCCUAUAGCGGAAACCAAAUACUGUACAACUAACAUGGUAUGGUACAUGAAAAAAAAGGAUGUUUGUUGGAGCUCAACUUGCAAGUGAAUUAAUGCCUCAUGUUUCAGUUUGUUUUGAUACUGGCACAAAUGGCACACUAACCAGGUGUUUAAAAAGUGAUGAUUUACGAGUAGUACGACUAUAUUUCAAGUCACAAAUGUAUCUACCAAUUCCAUUUUGUUUUAAUUGUUGCACAGAAUAGACUUUGCAAUCAUAUCUUUCAGUUUCAGAGCUGCUCCAGGGGUUUGGCUCUGUGCUUCUCUGCUUCAAAGGCUUUUGGGAGAGAGUGACUUUCCACCAGGGAUGAAUUAGUCAAACAACUGCCAAUAAUCAAAUGCAAAUCAGCUUCAUUUUCAGAAAAAGCAUUCAUUUCUUGUUUCAAACAUCCCAUUAAACUGUAAUCCUUUUUUGAUGCUAAGAAUUAAUGCCACUAAAUACAUUUUCAUCGUCCUGAGAAGGAAGCUAGAAAAGCGACGAAACUGUCUGAGCCUCCAAACCCACGAUAGUUGCACUACGUGUCCUUCCACCACGUACAGCUCCCCUCACUUCUCUCUUUCUGUCACCCACCCACCCACCCACUCACACACACACUGUUCAUCAGCCUAAAUAUAAAGGUCAAUGUCAGAGCACAGGAAAUGCAGACAACCCCCCUUUAAAUAUGAACCACUGGUAUUUCUUUGCUUCUAAAACGCAUCUUUCACUUCCCAGCUCUUCACUGUAUGAGUCUGUCCCUGCCUUCUGGCGGGGGCGCAGUAAAGUCGCAGACAGAAGACAACUACAAGACUUAUCUCUGUCACACAGCUUCUGGCCGAGCCAUUCGACUGCUGGUUUAUCUGCUCCGACACACACCCUCUCGCUGGGGAAGUGUCACUCCGCGCCCCCCUCCACCUCCUCAUUCCUGCUGACUCCCUGCUCACCCUCUCCUCUCCUCUCCUCGCCUCACCCCUCUCUCUGGAUGCCAGGAGCUUCUAGUCAUGGAGGAGAUGACAGUCACACACCAACCGAGGCUGUCAGUCACCGAAGCCUCAGUAUCAGCGUUUCUAGAGGAGGAAGUGGGGGGCUUCACCGCAGGAAGUGAAGAUGACUUGAGGUCAGACAAAGGCCCUGCAGUGACAGACCCAGUACUCACACAGCCUGGUCUCGGCGUCACCACGACAACCAUCACCACCAUCACGCAGACGGGAGGAGACUGGAGCACCGGCCUGUUUGACGUCUGCGGAGACAAGACUACAUGUGUCCUCGGGGCUCUGGUGCCAUGCUGUUUGGACCUGAGUCUAGCUCACCAGUAUGGCGAGUGUCUGUGCAUGCCUUUGCUGCCGGGAUCCACUUUUGCCAUGCGAGUUGGGAUCAGGGAGCGCUACAAGAUACGGGGGAGUGUGUGUGAGGACUGGACCACAGUGUAUUGCUGUUACCCUCUGGCUGUGUGUCAGAUGAUAAGAGAGAUGAAGCGGAGGAUGAAGACACAGACCUAUCAUGUGUCCACUGCCCUCGAAUGCUCCUGAAGAAACUCUAGACAGUAAAUGAGGCCUGGUGAGGGCCAACUGAGAUUACUGUAUGAAUAGCACAAAGAAUCAAUACUAUAAGGUUUUGAAUGCCCUAAGGGAAGCCUAUCCUACAACCUACGAACUUUCAUUAAUAGCAUAAAUAGCAAAGAGUCAGAGCUGUGAAGUCUGAAUCAGUGUGUAUAGGGUUUAGAACUAUCUUUAAACUGCUGUCUAUUUAGAGAGGAUAUUAUGAAUAAACCGGAUAACAAUAUUCUGCUUUUCUCGCAGAGGCAAGAACUCAUCAAGUAGAUAUCAAGCUGGGUGAAAAGCAGGUGGCAAGACGCACGCUUAUUUGGUUUCAGUAGCUGUCACUGUCAGCAGACAGCUCUAAACAUCUGGUAGAACUCUCAGUCAGACACCAGAAACUUUCAAAAACCAGCCAGCUGUCUUUAAUCCUGAACAUUUAAAUGCACGCAGUUUAUUCUAUCUUUAUCCAAAAAGGCAGUACUCCAACUACUGAAAACUGAAGUAGCUUUUCUGGCAAUGUUAAUGGAAUAAUGUGUAACAUUUCGGGGGAUCUAUUAGCAGAAAUGGAAUAUAAUAUUCAUAACUAUGUCUUCAUUCGUGUAUAAUCACCUAAAACUAAGAAUAGUUUUCGUU